AUGACUGCCAGUACAGGUAAGAGGUCGUCUCGUGCCUGUCUGCGAUGCCGUAAGCGCAAAACCCGAUGCGACCUUGAUACCAUUGGAGAACCAGGCAAAGCUCCCUGUGUCUUUUGCCAUGAUACUAAGAGCCAAUGUGUCCUCGUCAACUCCAGGCGAGGGGGAAAUUUUCGCCAGCAUCAGCACAAGUCGGGCACUUCGCGACGGCAGAAGACUCCGCUGCCAACAAACUCCGGAGACUCGAACGGGCCUGACGUGGAACCGGCUAAUAGCGUGUCUGAUGUGACCGAAAGUUCAUCAGAUGGUGAAGACAGCGUUGGCAGACAGAAUCCUGGAGAUGUACUAGCUAUGGAACUCCGGAAUCCAUCUGAUGCGCUGCAAAUACUAGCCAUGUCUGGUCAGGUCCGGUCCGGAAGUCGGCUUCAAGCUCAGUUCACCAGCACGGCAAACUUGGAGGAACAAUUGGACGCGGCAGCUCAUAGAACAAGCGCGUCAGACACCAACCAUUCUCAGGACUCUCAAAGCCACCAGAGACCUUCGGCCACUAUAUUUGAUGAUUACGAGUUGGUGAAGAGAGGCGUAUUGCGCCCGAGCCUUGUAUUUGAGCUACUACAUGAGUAUCACAAUAAUUAUCAUCCAUAUUGUCCGAUCGUACCUUCUCAUUUGCUGGUUUUAUCAAGAAUGGGCCAAAUUCAACGGUCUGAAUACUUUCUUCUCACAGCUAUCCUCACCAUUGCGUCGAGAGACAAUCCCCACCAUUCACUCACCCAUCGUUAUUGCUGGGAUCACACCCAACGUCUCCUGGUUGAUGUACUCCUGGCACACCCCUGGACCCAAACGCCAGCAACUGUCCAGGGACUGUUACUUUUGGCGGAGUGGCUUCCCCAUAUUCAAGUUCAAGAAACAUCAUCUGAAUCGUCCAAAAAUCUGUUUAGCGAAGAUAGAACAGCUUGGUCGCUUGUUGGGCUCGCAGUCCGGCAAGGCUAUCUCCAGCGCCUCGACCAGGCCGCCUUUCGUAGUUUUAGUCACAGUGGGUCAAAGCAACGAACAGAGCAAGACAGGAUUGUCUGGGCAUAUAUAUUUAUUGCCGAUCGUCAGAUAUCAGUCCGACUUGGGCAGUCAUUCUGGUCCCGAGGCCCGUCUCUUGCCGCAGAAUUUACCGCCGACGAUUUCCCGAGUCUUCAGCCUCGUCCGGAGAAUAACAAUGAGGACUAUGCAUCGUGGCUGCAAGCCUCUAUGGAGCUGAUACAAAACUUGCAUAAUGCUCAUGCAAUUCUUUACUCAUCCAAAGACCGAACAUUGGCAAUGGUCUAUGAAGGUGAUUACGCCCGGUAUCUUGAUGACUUUCGAACUUCCGCAACCACGUGGCGCUCGACAUGGGGCAAUCUAGCUGUGUCCGCUAAGAUAAGGACAACUCUUCUUAUCAUGUACCAGGCUUCUCGCCCAUAUGGAUCAUCCAACAAGGGACAGCAGAAUGAGCGCCCAUUUGCCGACAUAUUAUCCAAAGGCAUCAUGGCAUCCCCCGAUGGUCGGUACAUGUUUGAUGCUAUUAGCGCAGCGAGGAAUUUGUUGGCUCUGAUGAAUAGUCUUGAUCCGCAACAUGUGCUAUGCUACCUACCGCUCGUUAUUACUUCAGUCCUACUGCACAAAGCAGACCGAGCAGGGGCGUUCCAAUCCAAAGAACAGCACCAAGAGAUUACCACCUUAGCCCAAAAAUUCACAUCUGUUCUGGAAAAGGGAGCGUCGACUGAAUCACACAUCUGCCACAGUUACAGUCGGAUGCUAAGGCAACUAUGGAACCGACGGGAAAAGAAGAAUACUAAAGCUUCACGCAACCAAGGUAACAUAGAAUUGAACCUUGGUGACCAGCACAAUCUCUCAACUACCCCACAAUCGUUUCUAUUGGCUCAAGAGCCCGAUAAUCAGACAUUCGCCGAUGGCACCUUGGGCGACGCUUGCAUCUCACAACAGAUAAGCCCUCUACCAAUGGAAAAUGAUGUGUCAGAGUUUCCCUCUGUUGAGGGAUAUUUCUUUGGUUCGUUUAUGCCUGGUAUCGCUGACUUUAGCACUCCUAAUUUCGAUGAAUACUUGGCCCAAGAAUACUCCUUGAUCGGUGGUGCAGAUGGUCCCCAAAACUGGAACUCAGUAGAUACUAAUGUGGAUUCUCACAUUCUUGAUUUGUAG